AUGGCUGAUGUUGAACUUCUCAAGGCCGAACUAGCAAAGACCCAUAGACUGGGAAAGUUCAUCAAAGCCUGGGACCCGCAGGUAAUGGGCGUCAAGGAUGCCAAACCUCGUACCGUCACAGAUGGUCACAUCGUCUCCGAUAUGGAUGUUGCCAUCCCAGUUAGAGACGGCACAAUCCUGCGAGGCAACAUUUACCGGUCUCGUCACCUGGAGGGCACGAAACUGCCCGCGAUCUUCAACUACAGCGUCUACAGCAAAGACGGCGCCACCGACAUUGCAGUUUUCCCACCAAGUGCAGGCCUCGACAAAGCUCGCAUCACCAAAGACUACGAGUUCGAAGCGGCGGAUCCGGGAUGGUGGUGUUCUCGCGGGUACAUUGUUGCCAGCAUAGAUGCCAGGGGUUGUUUUCAGUCGGAUGGCGACAAGAGUUACUACUCUCGAGAUGUCGGAAUCGAUGGAUACGAUCUUGUCGAAUGGCUUGCAAAGCAGAGUUGGUCAAAUGGCAAGGUUGCCUUGUAUGGAGCCAGUGGCUAUGCAAUGGUGCUUUGGCUCGUAGCAGCUGAACAACCUCCAUCCCUUGCGGCAAUCAUUCCAAUUGACGGCAUGACUGACAUGUAUCGCGAAAUGGCUUUGAAAGGCGGAAUUCCCGAAACCCAGUUCAGUGCCGUCUAUCCGUACUUCUUCAACUGGGGAAAGAAUUACGUCGAGGAUACGACGGAUGGGGCCAAGACGCACCCAUUCUUCGAUGAGUACUGGCAAAGCAAGAUCCCAGCUCUCUCUCAAAUCACAGCCCCGGCAUACAUCAUUUGCGGGUGGGGAGAUCAUGCUAUACACACACGUGGGACACUCAACGCUUGGGAGAAAAUUGCUUCUCAGGCCAAGUAUCUUGAGAUCCAUCAAUAUCAAAAAUGGGAGUGGUCGGUUACUGAAGAGUCGCUGGCCCGCCAGAAGGCUUUCCUCGAUCAUUAUCUGCUCGGGCUAUCGACAGAGAUUCAGUACUGGCCCAAAGUUCGUUACACCAUGAGGGAGCGCUACUACACUGGGGAGUGGCGAUACAGUGACGCAUUCCCAAUUCCAGAAACCCAGUAUACGCAGUACUUCCUGACCCCAAGCUUUGGCUUGAGCAAGGUUUCUCAGCGCGCGGAGAGCCAAACAUCACACGAUGCGAGAGAGGGUGAAGUUGCCUUCGAGCUUCCUCUUCGAAACUCCCUUGAGUUUGCAGGCCAUUCCAAGCUCAAACUCUGGGUCGAAGUGACUGAUGGUGGCGACAACCUGGAUCUUUUCAUAACUUUGCGAAAGAAGGAUAAAGAUGGAAAUGAUGUGUACUUCCCAUGGAUCACAGUUGUCGAUACCGGCCCCAUUGGUUUCGGUUGGCUUCGAGCCUCUCGACGCGAGUUGGAUGAGACAGCCUCGACCCCGUGGAAACCAGUUCAUCUCCAUCGAAGAGAUCUGGAGCCUCUCAAAGCCGGAGAUGUGGUGCCUGUGGAGAUUGAGAUACAGCCCACGAGCUGUCGAUUCCGGGCGGGAGAGCGACUUAGCCUCGUAGUCUCUGGACACGACUACGGCAAGUACCCGCCAGGUGCUCCUAUCCCCAGGCAUAAUUCCACAAUCAACAAAGGACGCCAUGUCAUCCAUUUUGGCGGGAAAUACGACUCGCAUCUGUUGUUGCCCAUUAUACCACCGGUCAAGGAAGCGUAUAGCCAAAAGAGGCCCCUCGUCAAGAUGACCAUUGCAUGUAGACGGAUCCCCGGUUGGGCGGAAGAUAAGUUUCUUGAGGAAUACACAAGUGUCCAUGCUGCAAUGACGAAGCAUAUCUCUGACGUGGUUCCCAUCCUCCGGAACUACACUCAGGCCGUUGCACUCCCUCACUGCAGUAUUCCAGGCGUUCCGAACGGGGGUCUAGAACCUUGGGAUGCGGUGACGACGCUAGGGUGGACAUCAUUGAAAGGUCUAUGGGGCUCAUUCCAAGCUCCCGAGUACAAAGCUUCUGCUGGUAAACACGAAUUCGCAGACACUUCAGCACAGACAGGCAUCCUCAGUCAAAGUUUUGCGGAGAGUCUGUUUGACCCUAUCCUCUUUGAGCAGCGUGGAACCAAAGCAGCAUUGCUGCUGGUCUUCCUAGCGAAGUCUCAAGACGCAACCUACAUCGAAAACGACCUUACUAGUCGAGCAGCGUCCAUCACAGAACUCGGAGCCGGUACAUCUUUGAUGAGAUAUGUCCUCAACCGGGAAGUCACCCCCGAGGAUACUACCAGUUUUUUCGCCGGAACGCCUUUUGCCACUUCCGACUGGCACACGAUGGCUGCCUUCGAGCAGUACUGGUUCCCAGACCGAGCCUCCGCGGCAAAAUUCCUAAGCGAGAAGAACAAGCUAGAAACUCUUUUCAAGAAGUUGCCAAAUUCUUUUGACGCAGAGAAGUCUUUUGCGGUGAUCGGAGAUGAGAAUAUCGUGGUGAAGAAGGAUUUGGAGUUCUAG